CGGAAGAUUUGCAGUUUGAAUGGCUAAGUCGGAGCUGGGGAGGGGAUUGUGUUUUUAACUGGUCUAGCAAUGUAGAAAUGGCUAAAUUGGUAAGCCUGUCGGAUUCGGACCUUUCGGCUUCUAGCGAAGAGUCGGUGUCCAGUCGGAUACACAGAAGCCUGAGACUCGCAGAGCAGGAGAAGAGGAAGAAUGAGGCGGAGAAGCCGUUUGUUCUGGCCCUGAAGUACUUCUCUGAGGUGGAAGUGGGGACUCCUGUAGUCGGGAACGAUGAGUUUGAAAACCACCUGGCACAGGUGGAGAAGGUGGCAUUCAGCAAAGGACUGUCCCCAGAGGCCGUUUCUGUUAUGCUGGAGUUCGCUAUGAGCCUUCGCAUGGGGAGCAGUCCAUGUGCGCGAGUACUGAAGUGUCUGAUCCCUGACUCGGUGGUGCCACAGGAAGCUGUUUUUCGAGCCGUAGUUUGGCUCAGUGUGGGGAAAAUACCCAUCAGCACCCAGGUACUGUUUAUAAAGUGGGUGUUGACUGUAUUUGACAUGAUCGAUGCAAAGGAUAAGCUGCGAGCUAUAUAUGGCUUCAUCUUCAGCUUCAUCACUGAUGAAAAUCUGUGCCCUUUUAUCUGCCACUUGUUGUACCUGUUAACCAGAAAAGAAAAUGUGCGUGUCUUCAGAGUCAGGAAGCUACUGGAACUGCAGUCUAAACUGGGAAGGCAGCCGUAUCUCCUGCACCUUCUUUCACUUUAUAAAGUGUUUUGCCCUGAACUGGUGACGCUGUCCAUUCCAUCCCGGAUGAGGAGCGGGUUUAAGAAUCACAUCUCCCCAUGGAAGUCGGCUUUGAUGGCGCUCCAGAAGAGGGGCAGUUUGCAGGUCGCCUCCAGCAUCAGUCUGAACUUCACUCUCAAAAACAAAACCGGCUCUCGGAAAAGGAGACACAGGCACCUGGAGCUACCAGAGUUGAGCCGCGUCACCAACACUGGGGUGAAUACGGAGCAGACCUCCAGUAGGAAGCUGGUCCCCCUUGUGCAGAUCCAGUCUUUUGAGCAGCUGUUGAAAAACAUGCAUCAGAUUGAGCUGCCUGCUCAGAUGGGCUCUCUGCUGGGUUCCCGUCUGGCUCUGCAGUACCUGGACUGCGUGCAGGAUGAGUCUGCCCUCCUACGCCUCAACUUCUGGCUGGGCUACGCUCUCCACGAAGAAUUUCUAUUCUGCACCGACGGAGGAGCCGGCCAGAAUGCAGAAGAAGCUCUCCAGUUUUUAAACAAGCUGCUCUCAGCACAGCAGUUCCUGCAGGAGGGGUUUCACAGUUCUGAUGCUUUCCUCUACAAAUUUCUCAACAUUUGGGAUGGAUCUCUGCUGCGUCCGCAGAUCCUCGGCCUUCUGAGUAACAUUCCUGUCAUUCCCAGCUCACAGAUCGAAGUACUUCUGUUUGAGCCUCUCAUGCAGCUCUUCUUCACAUCCUCGCUGUUUUUUAAGUGUGGACUGAUUGAAUGUUUAAACAACAUGCUGCUAAAGUGGCUGACCUGGCACUCUGUGUACGCUCUGGAAGACGACCUGGACAUCAGCCUCCACAGCCACACAUCCAUAAACAUUACCCUGUCAGGGUUCAAGGACUCUGUGAUGGACUUGGUUUGCUUUGUGGGUCGGCUGGCCUCCGUGGGCCUGCAGCUGGAGGGCUGCCACUCUCUCCUGCUCAGCUUUGUUUUGGAUUUCUACGAGACUGUGUGUGACACCUUCCUGAAGUUUGGCCUUCCCCUGGUGGUCAUGCCUCCUCCAGGCGUCUUUUACCCCGCUAUGUUUGCCACUGACCCGGUCAGUUUGGACAGACUGGCCUACAUCAUGAACAGGUACAAAAUGAACCUGACGUCGGCCAAGAGUCAGGAGAAAGUGACCAGUCAUGCCUUUCACAUCAGCCGUCAGACUUACCAGGAGUUCAACAACUACCUGGCGUUUAUGGUCAACUGCCUGUGGAACUCCAGCAUGCGUUGUCCAGAAACUGAUAUACAGCUUUCAGAGGAACUGCUCGCGAAGAGCGGCGUCCCACAGCCCUGGAUGCGCUUCGACCUCAUCCACCACCCAGCUUUCAUGAUGUACGCUGUUGAGUUUCACCAGAAGUGUUGGCCAGGCAGAAAGGACAUGGACCUUAAUUCCAUCAAGCAAGCCAAGCCAUGGAGCUGGUACCUGGAGUUUCUGUUCACCCAGGGCUUUGGUGGCCUAAAAGACUUUUUCCAGAACAACAUCAGCCGACCGGUGUGAGCAGACAAUGGGCAUGAUGGCGUGACACAGGGGCAAGAGCUCGACUCUGCGCAGAGCAAAAAACAACCACUUGUAUCUUAAGGAUAUUUUAAAAGACAUGUACAGUUUUACUCUUUUCCUCCUCCAUUUCUUUCAAGUGCUUUUUUAAUGUACAUAGUUUUAUGAUGCUAUGGCACAACGAGUUGCUUAUGAAGUAUUCAAGGUGCCAUGCAAAUAAAGUGUUUUUAUAGUUUGAAUUAUGAAGUUUAACCCCAGAGAGACUCAUAUUUAUUCAAUUCAAUCAGUUUAUAUAGCGCCAAUUCUCAACAUAUGUCAUCUCAAGGCACUUUACAACUAGAUCAUACAGUCAGACUAAUUUUCUUGAAAGCAAUCCCUCACACCAAGCAUGCUUGUAGCGACAGUGGAGAGGAAAAAUGUCUUUUAACAGGAAGAAACUUCCAGGAGAAUCAGGCUCAGUGUGAGCGGCCAUCUGCCGAGGCAGACUGGUGUUCAAGUAAGCAGACAUAGAAUAAAAAAAGCAGAAAUACAAAAGGCAACUGUCCAUCAGCUCCACAGGCGACUCCGCCCAGGAAACACACAGCCAGGCAGAUGAGCUCCGAGCUAGCUUCCAUGUCAGAGAAU